AGGUUCAAAGACUUGUGUCCAGAAGUCGUCGAGGAAAUUCGAGAGUUCAAGAACUUGGCUGGGAAAAAAAAUAAUCACUUUGAUUCAGGUGUCCGAAGUAGCUGCCGGUCCAAGCAAGAGCAAGAAAGCUGGAGCCCCUGUAGACAAUGAAGAGUUCUACAAAGUCACAGAUGCAAUUGAGUAUCCUGGGGAUCCAGAGAGAUUGCUGAGACACCUGGAUCCCGGGAGUGUGGGCUAUGUUAACACCAGAACUUUGAGAAUUCUCAAUGAGCAGAAGAGCGAAGAGAAAGCUGUUCCGCAAUUCCUGAAAAAGUAUGCCGAGCAUCGGCAAGCUCUUCUGGAUCAAAAGAUUGCUUCUGUGGUGAUACCGCCAGCGAAAGAGUUGCUAGCGAAGCAAGAUACUUUGCGAGAGAACUGCUUGGAAGAGUGGCACACGAAGAGAGAAGCUCGAAAUGCAAAGGGCGACUUUAUUAAGGCCCUUACCAACAAAUUUGGCAGCAUUGCAAAAGCAUGGCGACUUGCCUUGGAUCCCGAGCUGAAGUAUGCGAUUGAGAAUGUUGAUCAAUUAAUGAAGGGUCUUAAAAGAGCUGGGCAGAUGCCGCCAGAUGGGGGAGAACAUGCACUGCGAACCAUUGCGGAAAGAUUAUUUCAAGCGUGCCAGUCAAAGGAAACCGAGCAAAUUACACUGGAUUGUUUGGAUCCCAAAACGCCAGCCAUGAUGGAGAAGUUCAAAGAUCGCUGUGAAGAGCGCUUUGGAAGCCUUCAAGAUGCUUUUGAGAGCGUCGAUGUGGAGGGUGUUGGGAUUGUUUCGCGCGAGGAUUUUCGGUUACUUUGCCAUGAAGUCAAAGCUACGGAUGGGAUUUUCCGGCUGAUGGAAUUCUUGGACCCAAAGCGCACUGGGGAGAUCCGGCUGUCACUUAUUGAUGGUGAGGUCACCGAGGAUGCCAUGCUUGCAACACAGACUAGGCGCCAAAUGCAAAAGUCUCAGGAGCACUCGGCAGGAGUUGUAGCCGGCCUGGAACAGGCUACUCAGGAACGAGCAAAAAGGCCUGCGCGUCGUGCGCUGGACCAAAUGAAGCAACAACUGAGAUUGAAACAUGGCAGCCUGCCCCGUGCUUGGAAAACCGUCCAUGGGAGUGCCAUCAAAGAUGUCGGGCGUGAUGGACGGUUGCGAUUUUUUGAGCAUGUCGGCAUGGACAGUAGACAGGCUGCUCUGGCGUGGGAAUUGGUGCCCAAGAUCGACGAAAAGUUGUCGUUAGCGCAGUUUGAGCCUCGUGUCGGGCAAGACUUUGAGGCAUUGCGACAAAAGAUCAAAGAGCGCUACGGUAGCAACAUCGCCAUGAUGAACGAGCUGGACGAUGGAAGCGGUUCAAUGGACUUUCAGCGGUUUCUCGAACUGUGCUACGAGUGCCAGUUUAGAGGGAAUGAGCGUCGUGUUUUUGAAUACCUUGAGGAGGAUGAAACCAUUGACUUUGAAAGGAUUGAUGAGAAGGCAGCCAAAGAGUUGCAAGAACAAAAGGCACAGGCAAAACGAAGAGAGGAAGAGGAGCGGCGGAAGAUGCGAAGGAAAAAGGCUGAAAGAAAGGCUAAGAAAGCGAAGACGAAGGCGCCUGAACCUGAUCCUUCAGAGCCCGAAGAGCAGGCUUCCUUGCAGGAAGAGGAACCUCCGAAGGUGAAGCCAGAGGUACACCGUCCUAAAGCCCCAACAGGCCUGGGACACCUUUGUUUGGCAAUGAAGCCACCCCAGGUAAAGCUGGGCAAGACAAGUUCCUUGCCUUCACUACGAAUUGUGCGCUCCCAAUGGAAUGACCGUCACCACAUAGACCUUGCCUCAGUGCAACUACUGCUUGAAGCUGUCCUGGUGGCCCUUUGUAGUGGUAUGCUUCCACCUCAUGUGCAUUGCUAUCAUCAAGGGUUGGAUACAGGCAAGCGCUGUGUAUGUACUCCUGGGAAAAAGAAACAUUUUGUUUAAAACAAAUAAACAGAUUUUCCGAUUCAAUUCCAUGUUAGUACCAGGGUGCAAAAGUGCAUUAGUGCAUUUUUAUGCGUUCCUUCUUUCUGCAAGCAGUCUAACCUCCGGUUGAAAACCGUGUGUGGCAAUGGAAUCAAUCAGAUGGACCAUUUGCCCCUAGAAUUCUGGGUGCCCCGCCCUCGGUUCAUAUUAGUUUUGCGAGCCUGAAACUCAAACCAAGAUGAUCCAGAGGCCAUCUGAGGGAGUAGCACGGGCGUAAAUCAUGUUCCAUGUUUAAUUUGCAGGGUGUCUCAAUCCUGCCUGUCCACCCAAAAAGUUGCAAUGCCAAUUCCCUGGGAGUUGCGGUGAAACGAAUUCCAUGUUUAAAUAUGCCGAAACUAGUUUUUCGUUCUGUGAUUUUCACCGGUGUGUAGUUAUAUAUAUAUACAAUUACAUAUAUAGAUGGAUACAUAGGUAGAUAGAUAGAUAGGUAACGUUACGUUACGUUACGUUAUGUUACGUUAUAUAACAUUGGCUUCUUGCCUUGUGAUGUUGGG